UAUAUAUAUAUUUAUAUAUAUAUAUAUAUACAUAUAUAUAUAUACACUCGUUGAUCAAACAUGGCAUCGAUCGAAUCUACGACGAACGGGCGACGCUUAUUCGUGUCCAAUUUAUCGCCGUACACGAGCAAAAGGAAAUUAUUAGGCAUGCUGACGCCGUACAACGCUACAAACCUUGUUAUAUUGAGAAGAUACCCGGACAGCAAUCAAGCAUUCGUUACGUUCAAGACGAAGGAGGAUGCCACGAGCGUGUUGGCGUUGUCGAGGGAAGAAGGAUUUGUUUGCGAUUUCAAAAGGUUGAAGAUGUUUAUGGCGCGCCCGAAAAAAUGGCGGGAGGGAAACGGGGAAGAGGGGUGCAACUUCUCGGUCGAGCUACCCCCGGAUUGCAUCGCCAAGAUCGCCAGAUAUCUGCCGUACGCCGACAGGGCGCGCCUCGAGAUGGUCUCUUCCCUUUGGAGGGAGGGCAGCCUGCUGUCCCAUCGCGUCGUUCGCCAUCUCGAGUUCGAGGAUUGGCGUUGGCCCGAGAGAAAAUAUAUCACCACGAGUUUCUUCGAUUGGAUGGUGAGGCGGCAGGGUGAGACUCUCAUAACUAUAGCGAUAAACGACGAACGUUUGUUGGAAAAUGUGAAGCCUCGUAUCGUGUCCGCCAUCGGUUGGAAUUGUUCACAACUGGCCGAGGUUGAUCUGACGGGGUUGAGAAUCUGGCCCUCCUCUCUGAGGACGUUCAAAUUUUUGAGCAGCCAAUUGAAAUCCCUCAGCUUGGGUACAACCGAGGGGCCCGUCGACGCCGAGCUUGGAAAAAUAUUCGACAAAGCUAUCGAACUGCGCUAUUUUAGGGCGGAUGGAACAAAUAUUUACGGAAAAUGUCUGACCCACUUGCAUCCCAAUUUAGAGACGUUGAUACUGAGAAAUUGUUCUCACUUGGAGUCGCGGCUCGCUUCUAUCACGUUGUCGAACAUGAAGAGGUUGCGCCAUCUCGAGAUAAUAUAUUGCGCCAAUCUCCGAGACAACACUAUCUUGCGCACCCUCAUCGACACGAAUGCCAAUCUUUUCAGGACUUUAUCUUUGAUGAAAUUUCACCAUUGCUCAUUUAUAGAACCCGAAAAUGAUAUAGCCCAGGUGCUGGUCAACAGGCUGAGGGAGAAGUCCAUACCGAAAUUGUAUCGUGAGCUGAAUCGUUUGAGCGUCGCCUAUUGCAUAUGGGUGAAUUACAAUUUCGUUAUUGAUAUCGGCCGUUACAUGAGGAAUCUCAGCUAUUUGAAUCUGAGCGGUUGUAAAAGUAUAAGGGACGAGUACUUGGAACCGCUCGCCUCUUUGAGCCAGCUGCAAAUCUUGGAAAUAAAUUGCAUGCAUCCCUCGGUGUCCUUCUUCUUCCUGCAAUCGUUGGAAUCUUUGACGGAGCUCCAUUGCAGGAAGAACGUGGCCAUCACGGACGAGGACAUUUGCGGUGUCCUCAAUAAUUGUUCGCAGAUAGCAAUUAUAGACAUGGAGGGUUGCUACCAAGUGGGGGUUGCUACUUUGAAGCGAGCCGCGAGAAUAGCGAAGAGUCGGAAGAAAUUGAUUCACAUGUACGUCGCUGGUACUAAGAUCAAAGAAUCAACCGCGUACGAGGAAACCGAGUAUUUGCAACUCACUUAUAAAUAUAAAUACUUUUGA